AUGAAAAGUACAUUUCAAAGAAUAAAAUUAUGUGAAAAUCGCUUCGUCUAUCGUCCUAGAAAGAAACGAGAAUAUUUUACUGACCUGUGCCGUGCUGUCAGUUAUAAUGAAAAAAACAAAAGAGGCCCAAAAAAGGCAUCAAUAGAUAAGAAAGAAAUAACUUCUACUGGUGGAGGGUCCUAUAAAUCAAUUCUGACUCAGCAAGAUGUUCAGAUUUUAGCAAUGGUUGCUCCACAAGUGCAACCACUGCAAAAUCCGUUUGAUGAUGCUGCAUUUUAUUUUGGUGACACAGAAUUGAUUUCUGAGGACAUGCAAACAGUUUUAACAGUGAAUGAUGUAAACCAGGAUGACAGUGCUAAUACGCGUAAAGAUUAUAUUAUUAUAUUUUUUUAG